CUGUGGCGAUGCUAUAUUAUCUGGACGCAUAAGAAAUGGGUCCUGGUGCUACCAGCACUCACCUUCUUAGCUAUCAUUCCCUUCGGCGCCCUCUCAACCCGGGAACAAAUGGUCUCCACCGAAACACGGCACAUGACGAGCACUUUCACCCUCCUGAACGUCGCCAAUAAUCUUAUCAUCACAGCUCUCAUCACGUUCCGACUCCUCCGCGCCCGAAGUGAAUUCGCCCGGUCCCUUCCUGGAAGGAAGCUGUCAGCGUAUGCCGGUGUCAUCGCAAUCUUGAUCGAAUCGGCUUUGCCUUUAGCGCUGUUUGGGCUUGUCAAUGGCGUUGUCUUCGUCUCGACACCAGUUCCUGAGACGUUGGAGGCUGCGAACAGAAUCAUGAAGGUGGAUGCUGUCUUUAGGGCGCUUUACGAGAAUGCAGUCCAACUUGCCCCCCAAAUGAUCAUAUUCCGGGUAACCACUGGUCGAUCAUGGAUGGGUGUCUCUCCGUCCUCCUCAACGGGAGAAGUUUUCUCUCAAGCUUUGGGAUUCAACCAUGGACCAGCGGCGGAUACCUUCAUGUCCACCAUGCCUGAUAGCGCAACUUCCGAUGGCAACUUCCCACAUCGAAGUUCGUCUCCGGAACUGAAUGAAAAACCUGCUAGCAGAGAACCAGGUGCCCAGGUUCACACCACUCGACAUCCGUUCCCUCUUGAGCCACGAAUUCAACUAUUUCAAGGGUUCCAGCGCCGUCCAAAAAUGGGAACUGGGGCGCGCUUGACGCCAUGGGCGCUUAACAGUCAGGCCAACACCUACCAUCUUUGGAGUCUGGUCGCUUGA